GGGCAUCUUAUUCAUAACUCACCGACAGUUGGCAAGUAGAUCGCAUAAACGACAGUCAGCGAACGCAACCAAAUACUUUUAACUUAAGCAAUAUUCUACAUUUAAUUUUCAUUAUAGUAAAAUUGUUCUGUUGAAAAUGGAUCUUAAAGACAAAAAUGUGAUAUAUUCGGGUGGAUUUGGUGGCAUUGGCCUAGCCAGCGUCAGAGAGUUCCUAAAAAGUGGUGCAAAGUACGUAACAAUACUUGACCUCAAUGAGAAUAAGGAAGCAAUGAUUGAGUUAAAAACAUCUCAUCCUGGUGCCAAAAUUGAUUUUAUACCUGUGGAUUUGGCGAAAAAAGAGAGCAUCACAGCAGCCUUUAAAUCAGCUGUGGAGAAAAUGGGUCACUUUGACGUUCUGGUCAAUGGUUGUGGUAUAUGUAAGGAUAGUGAAGUUGACCUAACAAUCCAAAUUAACUUGUUGGGGUUAAUCCAUAGCACCUUGACUGCGCUGCCUUACAUGGAUAAGUCCCGAGGUGGACGUGGUGGUACUAUUUUAAAUGUCUCAUCCACCAGUGGCUUGGAGAUAACUACUUUAUUUGCAAUUUAUUCGGCUUCAAAACAUGGCGUUACAGCUUUCACCCGUUGCAUGGGGGACCAAAUUUAUUUCGACCGCUUCGGAGUUAGGUUCCUAGCUGUUUGUCCUGGACUUACCAAAACCAACAUGGCAAAUAAUAUUCAUUUAAGUACGACCUUUAAGUUUUGCCAAGAAAUAGCUCAACGGUAUCGCCAUGCCAAACAACAGUCUGCAGAGGAGUGUGGGAAGAAUAUGAUUAAAGUAAUUGAAACCGGUAAGAACGGUGGUGUCUAUUUGCUAGAUAUAGGCAAUAUCGUGGAAAUUCCAUAUAAAAGGCAGUGGGUAGUUACUUAUGAGACACAUUAAGAGAUUGUAAACAGAAAAUAAUAAAAAACAGUAUAAUGACAUUUAUGUAA